AUGACCGCCGUCUCCAUCUCCGCCGCCUGCAGCGACUGCCUUCUCCCACGCCGCCCCCUCUGCCCUCACGCGCCUCCGCGCCGCAGCGCCCACGCCAAGCCGUUCCCCAGACACGGGUUCACCCCGUCCCUGCCCGCUAGCCUCCUCUCGAAUCCCCGUGCCGUCUGCCGACCGCCGCGCGCUGACCGUGCUGCCGCACCGCGCGCGCAAUCAUCGUCGCACGACGAUCUCGAGGGACGACGGCAGCGCGACACGUGUCUAUCCCGCCGUGACGCCCUCCUUUCCCUCGCGCUGCUCCCCCCUUCUCUCUCCGCUGCCACUCUCCUGUCCCCGUCACCGUCCCUCGCCGCGUCGCCGGCGGCCCCCGACACGACCGUGACGCACCGCGCGUUCCUCGAUUUCGCCGUGUGCCCCACGGCCGUGCGCCUCGACCGCACGCUGGGCGACGACGCGCUCAUCUGCGCCGACGGCGAGCCGCUCGGGCGCGUCGUGCUGGGGCUGUACGGCCGCGCGGCGCCCGACACGGUGGCGCAGUUCGUGCGCAUGGUGGCGGGCGACGCGGGGUCGACGUACAAGGGGAGCGUGAUACACCGGUCGCUGCCUGGGCAGUACGUGCAGGCGGGGCAUCAGGGACAGGUGGCGCGCGGGGACGUCGCUCCGCCGACGCUGCUUCCGUCGAAUCGCGACACGGUGGCGGCGGCGUCGUUUGCGCUGAGCCACCUGCGGCCCGGCACGCUGUCGCUGUGCGUGGGGGAGAACAACGAUGACGAGCGCGCGCGCUCCAGGAGCAACUACCGCAACGUGGAGUUCCUCAUCACCACCGGCCCUGGCCCAGCCACGCAGCUGGACGGCGACAACAUUGUGUUUGGCACCGUGCUGGAAGGUGAGCGUGGUGCACGGGGCGUGGGGUUCCAGAUUCAAGGUGAGCGUGGUGCACGGGGCGUGGGGUUCCAGAUUCAAGGUGAGCGUGAUGCACGGGGCGUGGGGUUCCAGAUUCAAGGUGAGCGUGGUGCACGGGGCGUGGGGUUCCAGAUUCAAGGUGAGCGUGGUGCACGGGGCGUGGGGUUCCAGAUUCAAGGUGAGCGUGGUGCACGGGGCGUGGGGUUCCAGAUUCAAGGUGAGCGUGGUGCACGGGGCAUGGGGUUCCAGAUUCAAGGUGAGCGUGGUGCACGGGGCGUGGGGUUCCAGAUUCAAGGUGAGCGUGGUGCACGGGGCGUGGGGUUCCAGAUUCAAGGUGAGCGUGGUGCACGGGGCGUGGGGUUCCAUAUUCAGGGUGAGCGUGGUGCACGGGGCGUGGGGUUCCAUAUUCAGGGUGAGCGUGGUGCACAGGGUGAAGGGACUACGGGGGAUAUGGAAUGCAUGCUUGGAGGGGUGGGUGGGGAUGGCGGGGGUGGGAGAGAGCACAUGGCAGCUGGCUGUGAGGGCAUGGCAGGGGCUGAGUGCACUUAUGCCGCACCACCCCAUGCCUUCCGCUCCCUUCUCCCAUCCCACCUGCUUCCACUCCUGCCCUCUCGCAUGGAGGUGGUGGCGGCGGUGGCAGCGGUGCCCACCUUCCAGCCCAGCGACCGCAUCCGCCAGUUCAACGACUUUGCCACCGAGGGCUGCGGCACAUGGAACUGCCUACCUCUUGUUCUGCUCUCUCUGCACCUAAUCCCAUGCUUUCUCCCUCCUUCCCCCCUCCAUGCUCUCUUCCCCACCCACCCCCACCUCACUGCCCUCCGCAUGCACCCUGUGCGGGCAGGCAUGGAGGUGGUGGCGGCGGUGGCGGCAGUGCCCACCUUCCAGCCCAGCGACCGCAUCCGGCAGUUCAACGACUUCGCUGCUCUGCUGGGGGACGACCGUGCCGCCAAGGGCCGUGGCACGUGGAACCGACCUCUUAAAGCCAUCGUCAUCCAGGACUGCGGGCUGCUGGAGUGA